CAAUUCUCUCGAAUUACCCCCCUAUUUUUAGCCAAACCAAAUGGUCCUGAGGAGGUUUAUGUCAAGAAUGUACUUGCUAACUCCUGCACCGUUGAAUGGACCCCGCCAAAAUCUGAUGGUGGUUCUCCGGUCACUGGCUACGCAGUGGAAGUGUGUGAUGAAGCUACAGGUGUUUGGACACCCGUCUCCAAAUCCACCAAGGACAACUCUGUGGAGGUUCCCGGACUCACUGAAGGUCAUCGUUACAAUUUCCGUGUAUCAGCUAUCAAUGAUCUGGGUCGUUCGGAACCUACAGAAACCCUCCUCUCUACUCUUGCCAAAAAUCCGUUUGACAACCCUGAUUCACCGCAAUCCGUGAAAAUUGACGACUACGACAGAAAUUCAGUGGUUUUGUCUUGGCAACCACCAGAUAGUGAUGGAGGAAACCCAAUAAAGGGCUAUGUCGUGGAGAAACGCACACCAAAGGGCCAAUGGGUCAAGGCCACAGCUGGGAUCAUACCUGGCACCACAGCUACUUUGACAGGCCUUGAACCUGGACGCGAAUACGAGUUCCGUGUUGCUGCUGUUAAUGAUGGCGGUCCUGGCGACUUUUCAAGACCUACCUUGCCUCAUCUCAUGCGGGAUAAGAUCGCUCCUGCUGGAUCUCCUGAUGGUUUGAAUGUGGACAAGGUGAACAAGAAUGGCACAAGACUGUCGUGGAAGAAGCCUCGUAAUGACGGAGGCUCACCAAUCACAGGUUACGUGGUUGAGAAGAAGGACGAGAAGGGUGAAUGGACACCAGUGAAACAGACCACAGAACCGGAGGCCUUCAUACCAAUGAAGGAGGGUGAGAAAGCUCAAUUCCGUGUUCGAGCUGUCAAUGAGGAGGGUGAAGGUGAGCCCAGUCGUCCAACUCCAAUGAUCACCGCCGAAGAUCAACCCAUGGCUCCACGCAUUGCCACUCCAGCAGACGGACUCAUUGACAGUCCACGCUCUGGAAUUGGUGGGUUGAAAGACAUUACAGUCAAAGCCGGCCAAGAACUUCGUCUACCUGUGACCUGGUUUGGCAGUCCCACUCCUGUUACCAAUUGGACCCACAAUGACAAGCCCAUCAAACCAGAUGGUUCUCGCAUUAAAGCGAUGAAUGAGGAUGCACCUCAUUCUGCAAAGCCUCUUCUUGGUGGCUACCUUGAAGAAGAACCGGCUGGAACCUCAGUUCUUGUCAUUCAGAAAGCAAAACGAGACGACGCUGGUACCUAUGGCGUUACUAUUGAAAAUCCUCUUGGACAGACGCGCAGUUCUUGCAAAGUUAUUGUGUUAGAUGCACCUGCUGCACCUGGAGGUCCGUUGGAAGCUGCAGACAUCAAAUCGGAUGAGAUAACGCUUAAAUGGAAACCUCCCGAAGAUGACGGUGGUGAACCGGUUAAGAAUUACAUUUUGGAAAAGAGAGUUGCUGGCACUGAAAACUGGCAGAAGGUUAGUGCCUUCUUACACUCACCAGAAGCAACAGUUCGUAACCUGGAAGAAGGGACGCCCUAUGAGUUCCGUGUUAUGGCGGAGAACUCGUAUGGAGUUAGUGAGCCAUUGAUGACAACCGGAAGCAUUAAGCCAAAGCAUCCCUUCAAUCCACCGUCUGGCAUGUCCGAGCCAUAUGUUGAGGAUACGACAGAUGACAGUGUUACUCUCUCAUGGGACACCCCCACACGUGGUCCAGUGUCUGGCUAUAUUGUCGAGAAGAAGCCGAAAGGUUCUCGCGAAUGGACCAAAGCCAAUCUGGGCAAUGUGACCGGCAACUCCUACACCGUAAAGGGUCUGCCCACGGGCAAGGAGUUCGAGUUCCGUGUUGUGCCUUACAAUGCUGCAGGCAAUGGUGAACCGAGUGAAUCCACCGGUCUUAUCAAAGUUCAGAAGCCUGUAGAGGCACCGAAAAUCGCUCACGAUACACCUACUGAGGUCAAUACAGUCCUAGGCCAACCUCUCAAGAUUCGUAUUCCAUUCACUGGCUCUCCUCCUACUGAUGUUGAACUGGUUAAGGAUGGAAAAUCAGUGCCCAUACCGAACGACCAUCUUAAAGUGGAGAUUACACCUGAUGAAGUUAUCAUAACUGCUCCCGUCUCAGAGAAGGCUGAUACCGGUGUCUAUGAUGUCAAAGUAGCCAAUGAAAAGGGCUCCGAUCACAGACCCAUCAAAAUCAACGUUCUCUGUCCUCCGGACUCACCAACAGGCCCGUUGGGUGUUAGGGAGGUCACUGCCAACUCGUGCAAACUAUCGUGGCAACCACCGGCUGCUACAUAUGGGUCGCCGGUAACGAAUUACAUCGUAGAGAAACAAGAUGUUGCAACUGGCGAGUGGACACCAGUAAGCAAGUUCGUACGUCAACCAGAGUACGAAGUCACAUCGUUGGAUGAGGGCAAGAAGUACAAAUUCCGAGUCUCAGCGGUGAAUGACUACGGUGUCAGUGAACCCUUGGAAGCGGAACGUGCCAUCACUGCAGUUGAUGAAGCUGUUGCACCGGACGCUCCGCAAAACGUGGAUGUCACUGAUGUUACGGAGGAUAGUGUAUCCUUGGAGUGGACAAAACCACGUGGAACUGGCAGCAAACGCCCCACGGGCUACGUCAUUGAAUACAAAACACCAGACGGUGAAUGGACUAGAGCACCUGUUGGGCAGAUUAAGGGAACUUCCGCUACUGUAAGCGGUUUGGAGAAAGGCAAGCGUUACGCCUUCCGCGUUUCUGCCAAAAACGACGCAGGUGUUGGAGAGUCCAGUCGUCCAACUCCGACUGUCGAAUGCAAGCCGAAGUAUACAACUCCUGGGAGCACCAGUAUGCCGGCAGUUGAUAGCGUUGGUCGUGAUUUUGUCAAUCUCUCUUGGACUCCACCCAAGCGAGAUGGUGGCUCGCGUAUAACUGGUUAUAUUGUGGAGAAGCGUCCUCGUGGUUCUCCGGAGUGGAUUCCUGCUACUACCUCUCCAAUUGUUGGCACCUCGGCAAAUAUCAGCGGACUACCGACUGGUGAGGAAAUGGAGUUCCGUGUUGUUCCUGUCAACGCUGCUGGUAAGGGAGAACCCAGUCCCGCUACUCCGAUGACUAAGAUUGAGGAUAAACGUGCUGGAGCAGCAGCCGACUUCAUUACCAAAUUAACACCAGUUUCGGAGGGCGUCGGAGGUACAGCAGAAUUUGUGGUUCAAGUUGAUGGCAAUCCUACGCCCAGAGUUCGAUGGCUCCGUAACGGUUUGGAACUGAAUCCGUCCAGCCGAGUAAAGAUCACUGGACCCGAUGCUGAUGGCAUGGCGCGACUGGUACUAGACGACCUCAAUGAACACGAUGGUGGUGACAUUACUUGUGAACUAGUGACACCUGUCAAUCGGAUCGCAUGUACUGCACCCCUAGAGGUCUUUAGUGCACCGCGUAUCAAUGAUGAGGUACCGGAGAAAACUGCAGAGGAAGGUGACCUUGUCAAAUUCAAGGUUCCAUACACUGCCAAAGGCAACAUCACCCUCAAAUUGCGUAAGGACGGUCGUGAGGUGCCUGAGUCAAACACUGUCAAACUCAUGGACCUGGAUGGUGUAGCUUCCGUCCAACUCAAAGACGUUGAUCGCGACAUGGCGGGCAAGUAUACCCUGGAUAUAUCCAAUGAAAGUGGAACUACCUCGGUACCGCUUACUUUGAAAGUCCUUGGCGAGCCUGACUCAUGCCAAGGGCCACUUCAGGUUACCGACACGACUCCCUUCAGUACUCGCCUCUCGUGGAAACCACCACGCAGCGACGGUGGUGCCAAGGUGACGCAUUAUGUGGUGGAGCGGCAGGAGGUGGGCAAGGAUAAUUGGGUCACCGUCCAAUCAGCUUGCACCUCACCCUCCUCAGAGAUUCAGGGUCUCACAGAUGGUGCUAGCUACAACUUCCGUGUUGCCCCUGUCAACGAUGUUGGACAAGGACCUUGGCUCACUACGACCACUCCGAUUGUUGCCAAGUAUCCAUUCGACAAGCCAUCGACACCAGGCCCGGUUUCAGUCUCCGAUGUGGGCUCAAACUUCGUCAAUCUCACGUGGUCACGUCCAUCCAGCGAUGGUGGUGGUCGACUUCUGGGCUACUUCAUCGAGAAGCGUGAGGUUGGUGCACCAAAUUGGACCCGGGUGAAUGUCAAUCCUGCCCUAACCCUCUCAUACAACAUACCGAAUCUCAUUGAGGACAAGUCCUACGAGUUCCGCGUAAUUGCUGUCAACGAUGCUGGUGAAAGUCAACCCUCUGUUAUUGGAAGUCCGGUUCUUGUCAAGGAUCCACUGAGCUGCGAUACACCACAGUUACUGCGUCCAUUGAAGCCUAUCACUGUCAAUGAGGGACGUGAUGCAGAAUUUGAAAUUGAGGUGAACUGUUCAUCACCUUACGAGGUCACGUGGUACAAGGGCGAUCGUGAACUUGUGCCAUCGCAUAGAAUUGACAUGUCUCGAGAGGGCCGUAUGUGCACCUUAACGAUUGCCGAUUGUCAAGGCGAGGAUACUGACGACUACAGUGUGAGGGUCUCCAAUCGCGGUGGCACAAAGUAUAGUCGUGCUUCACUCGCUGUCAAUACUAAACCACAAAUCAAUCUGCCAAGCCGAUGGCAAGAGCCGACGGACUGGGAGCGGGGUGAUACUAUUCAAAUUAAAGCACCCUUCGUGGGAUAUCCAACACCUCGUGCCACCUGGAAAUUAAAUGGAAAGGAGUUGCGCGAAGGAAAGAACGUACAGAUGGAGAUGAAACGUCGUCAUGCCGUUCUUACACUCUCCAAUGUGGAUGAGAACACUACUGGUAAAGUGGAACUGGUCUUGGAGAACUCAAUGGGCAGUGACUCCGCCACUAUCGAUUUGCGCGUCCACGACCGACCUCCACCACCCUACGACGUUUGUGUGGAAGGCACUUCUGAUGGGUGUGCCCUGCUCUCCUGGAAGAUGCCUCCGGACUCGGGUUACGUCUCCGAGUACAUAAUUGAACGAGCGGAGGCGCCAGGAGAUAAUUGGAUUCGUGCUGGUAUCAGCCGCUUCUCUCCCUACAACUGUGAAGGCCUACAAAAUGGUCAUGAGUAUAGAUUCCGUGUCUAUGCUGACAAUCUCCAUGGUCGCAGCGAUCCCAGUGAGCCCUCUGAACCGGUUUUGAUUAAGCCUGAGGAGAAGACACGCAACAAACAGAGACGAAGACUUGGUGAUGGUGAACCCAGAGGCUCCUACGAUGGUCCACCGAUCACCGAUUAUGAUAGAUUUUGUGAGUUGGGCUUGCUCUAUCUGCGUGAAACCUUGAUAACUUUAUGCAAUGCUACGAGCUUAUGA